GCCACCGUCACAUAACUGUUCCGAGGCUCUCACUGCGCUGUGACUCACAACUAGCAAAGACUCCUAAUUACGUUCUGCUGCCAGUACUAGUCCCACCACCCCCCGUCCAAAGCAAACCUCGCCACUAUGCCCUCUGCACCCGAAAUAAACAUCUCCACUACGACUACUCCCCCGCUCAAAACAAACCCCGCCAUGACCCCCUCGCCCGAAACGAACCCCACCACCACGCCCCCACCCGAAACAAGUAACUCUGCCGGCGUUCUGUCUGCUUCAAACCCCACCGCUGCCCCCUCAUCCGAAACAGACCCCACCGCCACACCCUCCAGUUCAGACCACAUCAAACUAGACACUGUCUCGGACAUUAUAGGUUUCCUGAUGCUGUCUUUGCUGCUUUACCCCCCGCUCCUUGUGAGGCCGCACGAAGGGACGGACCCAGCGGUCCAAUCCCCUGUUAAAGUGGUAGCGGCUUGGGUGAUCACACUCAUUUUAGUUCGGCAUAACAACAAUGCUCUUACCAACCUCAGUUACCUGGCCUUUUUCUUCCUAUGGUUUUUUCUAGUGUUGUUCCUUCUUCUUAGGGACACACAGGACGGAGGGAAUAUAGAUGUUGCGCUAGUGGUGUUUAGAUGCCUAGGUAAUCCGUUGUGGGCAAUACUGUUCAUUGCGUCAGCCUUUCGUAUCGGCCCAGCAAGACCCCACAGAAGUCGGGAGAUGAAUAUGGAUCGUGGAGCCCCACAGAAAUCCGUUUAGACUUUCCCAAACCUACCCGGCCAGAAGACCAUUCAUUGUUUGGACCGAAGUUCUUAUUCUGUCAUACAAAUACAUACUAUGUUACAACGCAAACGACAACGAUACCUGCAUUGGCUUGGAACUUGGAACUCACCUCAACACGUUUGGGGUCACGCCGAGCUCUACACACUGCAGCGGU